AUGUCAGGAAACGCCAAGCUGAGAUCGUUCUGUGAAGGUCAGCCAGGAUGGAUGAGGUGGCUGCGCCGCAUCUCGUUCACAGGAUACAGUGGUUCCAUGACUGUCCUUCUGGAGUCCAACUUCCAGAGAAUAGGGUACAUGAUGCCAGUCAAGAUCAGAUACUACCAAGACAGAAACGAUCCGCUGAUGACUACAACAACAGCCAGACCUACAACUACAACAACAGCUAUACCUACAACUACAACAACUGCCAGACCUACAACUACAACAACUGCCAGACCUACAACUACAACAACGUUUAGAGACUGGCCUACGUCGUCGACUAUGCCGCCAACAGGUUAUUUCGCUCCAUGCGGAAAGACUUCCUUGAUCGCAUCCGAUGAACCGGGCUACAUCUACACACCGGAUGUUCAAGAUUCCUUCAAAUCGCAUUGUUUCUGGGUCAUCAGACCAUUCUGGUCCGUCCCCAUACACCUGGAAAUCAGAUCCGUUUCCGGUUAUGACCUGGACUGUAACGAUCAACAACUGCUUAUUACAGACGGUACAAAGACAAUUAAGCGACACUGUGAUGGAAACACUGAGCGUUACACGGGUACUCGGGGUACCAUGAGAAUACUGUACAGGAACGAUGGCUUUUACCCCUUCACUUCACAAAUCAGCAUCAAGUAUUACCAAGACAAAUAUUACAAUAAACCAGAGAGCGACAGUCAAACUAAAGAUGAUCUGCUGGUCAGACAUGUUGGUACAAUCAGUGCAGUUACUGGUGCCGUCAUCCUGUGUCUCAUCGCCAUCAUACUGAUAACUGUAUUGUUUUGCCGAUAUCGCAGAAACAGUUCGCGUCGCAGCGCGAACCGUACACUCACCCUGGCAGUGAUCUCAGAUAGAAAAACGGACGCGAGCCCUCCAGCGUACACUGAUCUCUUUCCAUUCAAGAAGGUGCUGCCACAGAGCAAGGACGAAGUUACUAAAGAUCCAUCACUUCCCCAACUGACUAAGAAUGCUCUCAUUUACAUUUCAGCUCAAACUGAGCCAGCGCUUGUGGAUCCGGCUAAACCAGAUUCAAAUUUCUGA